AUGGGGAGGGGAUCAGAGAAAAGUGCACCCCCAGUUCAACAAACAACAACGGAUACUAUUUACCUUGAGUUGCAGUCAAAAAUAAAUGCCAUUGGAAAUAUCAUUCUGCAACAUCAGCCUCACGUGAUCUGCUUUCAGGUGACUACAAAUAUUUAUAGCAUAUUUCAGAAGUUGAUGGAAACUCUAUCAGUUCGAGUGAGUGUCUCAUACCAUAUGAUCAGAUUACCUUUUCAGAAUUUUCAUCGGAAUCCCUUCGAUAACUCAGUAAUGGGACGAGAGCUGUGCAUGGCUGACAUGGAUGAUGAAAGCCCUUGUCAUGCACCACCGACAUGGAAUCAGAUGUACAGUAAAGAACAAGUGACCCAAGCCAAUGAGGCUUUAAAUUUUAUGAAAGAUAUGCCGAAUGUGGUUUUUGGUGGUGACAUGACAAACUCUGAGAGGUUGACAUAUGACAGCAAAGCGACCUUGAUGCUCAGUGGGAGUCGCCUGCAGAAACGUAUCGAUCGUUUUUUUUUUCAUCUACAAAACUUCAAAGUGGACAGUCUUGAGAUGGUUGGAACACAACCAAUUCCAGGUCUAACCUACCAAAAGGAGCGGACGGUGAUGAGAGAAGUUCAGAUGCAAACUCUGCCAGUAUACCCAAGUGAUCACUUUGGCCUUCUUCUCAAGUUGCAGAGGCUUCAACCAUGA